CAAUGUAUUUCACUGUGUUGAUGUCAUGGAGUUAAUAAUGGUUGAUGUUGAUUAAAUCAUAGACCUUGAAUGAAUUAUCGGCCGCUGUCAAAUUUGUAGACGUACUUGUUGAAUAUUGUUUAAACUUAGAAAAAUUAAGAUAAAUCUGUGUUAAAUAUGUAACGAACGACUUCAGGGCUUCCUUAUAUAUUACAGAAUAUCGUACAUGAAAUGUAUUUUUGAAGUGAGAAGUGGAAGAUGGAGUUGAAUAUAUACAUAUGUUUCGUUUUAAUUUUUUCGCCUGUAUUGGGUCAAUUUUACGAAGACAGGAGGUGCCGAUGCAUAUGUCCAAGUCUCGCUGCCGUUUUGAACAACAGCAUGACCACAGAUCGAAGAUUUUAUACCGAUAACGUUCCACCCAUAAAGUGCAAUUGCGAAAACGUUGUCCUGCCGAAAGUCAGCACCGAGCUUAAAGGACACGAACUGGAGUUUUGCCCUCGUUGCGAUUGUCACUUUGAAAUUCGUAACACUACCGUUAUAAAAGUGGUCGUCAUAAUGGUAUUAUGGGUGUUAACGUUACUCUUCGGCUACAUGGGCUUCCUGUUGUGCCUUGAUCCUCUGAUCAACAAGAAAAAAGUCAAGUUCUACCAGGAACACAGCUCGGAAGAGGCACGUACGCUACUGAUGCAGGGUGAAGAUGUCGAAGACUGAAAGGGUAUAUAUAUAUAUUUACUAAACAUAAAAUGACAGAGCAUAUAUUCUUGUAUUAAUCUCGUGAAUUAUAUAUAUUCUUUACAAAUGUAAACCUGUUAUCGUUUAGUAAUAUAAUAUUGUAGUUAUAAAUCGAGAGAAAAAGAAAAACUAACAAAAUAGUAGAGUAGAAUAGAGUAUGCUUUGUUGUAAACGAAAAUGAACACGAAUGAAAAAAUAUUGAAAAGUACAUGGCCAGUUUCUUCCAGAGAACGAUCAGGCGGAAUAAUUUAAGUUUUUGCUUUUAUUCGCUCGGUAUGUAUGUAUCUAUGUUUGUAUCUAUAGGAAUCUUUUGAACGUUUACGAGCGCGGCGUUUGGAACACCGUCGAAAUAUCGACGGCACUCGUAAAUGUUAAAAACGCUCUAAGAAUCCUUCGAAUAAUAGUGUUUUUAAUGCAGAUAGUCGCGAAAGUUGGAAACAAUUCACAAUGCAUAGUUUAACUAAUGCCUUGGAACACAAUAAUGGUCUUAAAUUAAUUACGAAAGGUGAACAACAGAAACGGAAUUACUUUUAAUGUACAUUACGGUUCUUAGAUAAUAAAAUUUUAUAUGAACAAAGUAACCUUAUGAAAUGUAAAAAGAUUAAGCGCUUGAAAUCUUGACAAUACCUCUCGAUAUGAACAUAGUUUAUAGACAGAAUUUCUUAAACGUUAACGGACGAUGUUAGUGCACUCCUCACUGAUCGGGGCACGCUUUGAGCUUGCACUUAUCAGUUUGGUAACGUACCGAUAUUGCAAGUAUAAGCGUGAUUAGUCAGAACUUUGUAUUUUGAGAGAAAAUUACUUUAUAUUGUUGUCCUCGGCAAUUGUAAAAAUAUGGCUAAUAUAUGUAAUUGGGUGAUGGCUUCCACGUUGUGCUCUCUAGGUGCUCUCGGAACCACUUGAUAACGAGUGAGCAGUAAGCUUGUUUGCCUUAGAAGAAGAGAUACUAAUCAAGCGAUUACUGGCGAUGCGAUAACAUAUGAGAAUUAUCAGGGGUUUUCGUUUCUCGAUUUAUAUAAAAUAGACAUUAAUGAAUUCACUCCUAAUGAAAUUUUAUUGAAGAAUUAAAGUACAAUAUUUUUCUAUAUUACGGAGAUUAUUUUAUAAAAUCCGUAAAAAAAAGCGUUAUGAGAACAAUUUUUAUAUCUACCGUCUUACUUAUAGAAUCAUACUAGGGGUGUUCAAUAAAAAGUGUUAAUGACUAUGACGCAAUUAUCUUUUAUUAAAUAUUAUUUGAUUCAUUUAGUCACGUUUCAGAUUUAUUCGAUUUGUAUAUCUUUUUUCUGAGGGUAAAAUUCACUUUUAAAAAAAGUCUUCUUUAUUCCUUAAAAAAUCACAUGACGUAACCGAGAAUUACUUCUAUUUUUAAAAAACAAAAGACAAUUGAUUGCUUUAUAUUAUUGUUAUAUCUAAUGCCUGGGCCAUGCCUGCCAGUAUUUAUUUUUUUUGUCCAAAGAGAAUGUAUCGCAUUACCAUUGUUUAUUGAACACCUCGCGUAUAAUGUUUCUUUAGAAGUUUUGUGGAAAAUAUAUUUACUUUAAAAUUACGUUGACCACUUCACAUUAGGUGGCCAAUCAACAUGUUACGCAGUAUUCGUAGACAAAAAAAUCUUUAUAAGGUUUACUAUCAGAGGAAAUACUUUUUAGCCAAUUAGUGGAAAUCGCUUGAACGAUAUUUACAAGAUAAGUACACGAAUUUAGUUGAUAAAGAUGAUAUAAAAGCAAUUAGUGAAUUAGCAGUAACAUUAACAGUUUUUUAUCUACCUAUCUGCCUGUAGCCUCGAGGGGUGAAGACUGGUGGGUGAGCACGUUGGCUUAACCUGUAUGUUUAGUGCGAGUUUUUUAACGUUCUCGAUAGCGUAAAAGUUAACUGAAAUUUGUAUGGAGUUGGAACAGCGCCCCUAGCGGCAAACGUAGGACUUGUUCAAACUCCAUACAAAUUUGAGUUAACUUUUACGCGAUCGAGAAGUUAAAUAAUUCGCACUAAGCACACUGGACUGACUUUCUAACAACUAGCCCUAACAAGAACAGCGCUCGCAAAAUCGACCGACCGACCGACCACCGGAUCGGAAUCGCGACCCACUGACAAAUUCCGACGAGAAACUAAAAUUAUUAAGAUAUACAUUAUACAAUAUUUCCUGUGCACACAUUAUGUACUUAUUUGCUCAGUAACAACGAUUAAAUGCUCAAAAUAUGUUUAAAAGUUAGAUUUUACUGUAUGUAGAUGGUUUUACACGAACGCUUCUAAAGUAAUUUUGUAUUCGUUCUUAUGCUGAUAUAUUAUUUACAAAUAGUGGAGCAUGACGGCUUUGCUAUAAACAAAAGCAAGGCUUUUAUUAGUCGUGAAUAAUUAUUCAGAAUAAAUUCAUUAAAUGACGAAAAAAUAUUAAAAAAAAACAGUAAUAAUGGUACCAAGGUACGGUACUAUUAUAUGUGUUAACGAGAAAAAUAAAAGUAACUUUUUUGUAAUAAAAUCUUUUGUUUAAUGCAAUGUUUUCGAGUAUGUUCUAAGCAAUAGUUUAUUGACCUCGUCGAAACAGUAUACGUAAAAUAAAAAAGUAAUGUGAGUAUAUUUGUAUGACUUUUUGUAUGAAGUCUUGCAACACCAUAUAAGUUGUAUGAUUUGGAGGGAUAACGUUUUUUCCCGUGUACUGAAUUGUAUUAUUGCGUAUUAUACACAAAUCCAUCACACAAAAAACUCAUAUUUUGCUUAAAAUGCAGGCAAAUGACGAGUUACAGAUACCCUUGCACUAUAUUUUAUUGUAUAUUUUACAGAUUACAUAAAAACCAUGAUACAUAUGUACAUAAUUAUAUCGAGUUGUGAAAGGCUUUUUGGGUUAAGUAAUAUUUUUGCUACUUUACAGAAGAGUCAUUUAAAGUUUAAAAUUUGGAAAAAAACAUCGUAAGAAAAAAUUUCUUCAGCUAUUUGAAUGGAGUAAACUUAAUUGAAGUUCAAUUAAAAACAUCGAACUGUUAAUGCUGAUACCAAAUAAAACGAACCUUUAAUUACAAAAAUAAAUAUCGCGUGUUAAACGAAAUUUCGCUUAGACCAAAAAGCAUUUCACCUCUCGAUAAUUUUAUGUAUUAUAUUUCAAAUUCGAUUCGAUGAUGUGAUUAUUAUUGUUAUUAUAUUAACCUCGUAUUAAACAAACCACGAAUCAUCUAACUAAUGUUAUGACCUACCAAAUGGUUUGGCUUAUAAUGAUUUUAAGUUUUUCUGUGUAAGGUUUUUAUGUACCAAGUAAUAAUAAUAUAAUAAUUAGGUACGUUAUUAGUCUAAGCAAAAUAUCGACUUUGCUAUAGUGAAAGGUGUGGGGCUCGGGGAUUGUAUAGAUUUUACUCUAAUAUUACUAUGGAGAGUAGAAGUAAUAAGCACACUGUGUAUAAAAAAUGUCCAACCAGAAGCGACCAAUUAGAGAGGAAACUUCAAGUUUUAUUUUAUUUUAUAAAUAAUAAAAUAAUAUGUAUUUCGUUUUUAUGUAUAAAUAAAAAAUAAUCAUCAUCAGCCCACAUUCGUCCACUGCUGGACAUAGGCCUCUCCCAAUCCACACCACUGAGUCCGGUCUUCGGCUCUCCUCAUCCACUUCUUGCCGGCUACCAAAAAUAAUCUUCUUUUUCUCCACCUUAUCCCACUAGGUGGGGCGUCCGCAAAGCUAUCCAUCUCUUCCAUUCUCUUCUAUCAGCCGUCAUCUCAAUACUCACUCCUCUCUCUCUCUCUCUCUCUCUCAUAUCGCUAUUCACACACUCCAUCCAUGUCUUCUUCGGUCGACCUCUUCCCCCUCUACCUUGCACUACCAUUUCCAUCUCCUAGUCAUAUGCGUUUUCUCUCUACGCAUUACAUGUCUAUACCACGCUAACCGUCCGCUCUUUAAUUUGUUAAUUACCGGGGCUUUCACACUUCCUCUAGUAAAAAUAAUAAUAUAUACAAUUCUGGUCAUUUAAGUAAGAAUGAUUUGAAAUCUUUAUUUAAUAAAUAGCCACGAAUAAAGCAAACGUGAUAAGGAAAAAGAAUAAGUCGUUAACUAUUUUUUUGGUGAAUUUAAUUAAUUAUCUAUAGUGACAAAUUCUAGUAGUAUGUAAUGCAACUGAAUAAAUAAUUAAGAACGAUUUGUAAAUAGUUCUUAGUUUGAAAAAAAAAUCCCCUUAAAUAAGCGUCUUAAUUGUAUUAUCACCGCUUUAUAUAUAUAUUAAAUUUUUGCGCUCCUAAGACUGAUGUCAGACUAAAUUAUAUGUACAAAACAUGUGGAUUCUGGACCUCAAAGUCCAAAAUUGUUCCAAAAUUAUUAAAUUUUUCAAUUCGGCCCCCUUCACUCAAUUUACAACUGCUGCAGACACAUGAUACCAUUUGCUACUCUAGCGCUAUUUUGGUGGAUUUUUGGGUCAUUAUUUACUGUUUACAGCUUAAUACAAUUCUCCUUACUUCUACCCUCCAUUAUUACAAUAGCAUUUAAAAAAAAAAUAGACUCGUUUUUAAACUGACAGAGCAAUUGAAUUUAUAGGAUGUAAAAUACUAAAAUACUAAACCAAAACACAAACAUCUUUAUUCUUCAAAUUUUCAGUCAGUAUAAGAUUCACCUCAAUGGAUAACUUUAUGUGAUAGAUCAUUAUGAAUGAUCUCUAGUUCUCUAGUGUACUUAAAGCUGGCCAUUAAGAGUUGGUUUUGUAAUUUUUGUCAUUACCAUUUUUAACUAACAUCACAUUUCUGUGAAAUUUUAUUUAUUAACGUAUUAUAUUGUUUAACUUUGUAAUGUUUUUGUUUGUCUAUUUCAUAAAAAUUAUUUAUUAUUAAUGUGAGGUAUUUAGAAAAAAAUUUUUUCUUUCUGUUUGAACUAUUCGGAAUCAAAUAGGAAAAACCUAUUUAAAAACAUGAACAUAUAUGAUUUAGUAUACAUUUUUUUUAAUUAAGAAAGUAACACAAUUUGCUUAUGAAUGUAGCCAAGAUUUCAGUAUUUGAUUAUACAAUAUGAAAUUAUAUGUUUAAAAUAUGUACAUUCAUCAUGUAACUUUGUAAGUACAUAAAUCGUUGUUGGUAUAAUAAAAUAAUAAUUCAUUUAAAUUAUAAUAUAAUUUUCAUAUUAUAGUGUAUUAAUGUAAAUAUGUACGAAAAUUACUAAUAAUAUGUAAGGAGAGAAAUCGUAUUUUUGAUGUGUCAUUGUUGUGCGAUUAUAUGAAGCUAUACGUCAGCUAAUAUGCCAUCAAACUUUUAUUUUUCAUGGAACAGCAAUGGCACGAUAAGAUGUUUUCAUAAAAUGUCGAAAUUCAUAAUGCGGCGUAGUGUUUCAGUUUAAAAGGCAAUCUGACAUUGUUACUGUAUAUAUUAUACUCGAAGGCUCCGAAUGUUUUCAGUACAGGUAACCCUCCCAUAACAAGGUAGAUACGUUCCUAAAAUUCCCGGGUUAUUCCCAUAUAUCGUGUGUUCAUAGUGCUUAAAAAACAAGUAGGCAGCGGCCUGGCUCUGCCCCUGGCAUUGCUGAGGUCUACGGGCGACGGUAACCACUCACCAUCAGGUGGGCCGUAUGCUAGUCUGACUACAACGGCAAUAAAAAAAUGUAAAGGGGUUUUUGGGCAAUUUUUGUUUUAAUGUUAAAGUUUGAACCGCGUUAUAAGGUUACCUGUAGUUUUUUUGCAGCGAGCAGUUCAACGUCUUUUCAUACGUUUUUGAUAUUAAUGAACAAUGUGCCUUGUUCAUGUUUGGUUUACGUACACUGAUAACUUAGUCUUGUUUUAUAUAUGUACUCGACGGCUAAAAUUUACGAUUCUUGUACCAAUCAUAUUAUACAACAUCUAUAUUUGUUUUCUUAAGUCUAAAUAGACAAUUGAAACCACGAACAAUUAUUUUAAAUGUUUAAUAAAGUA